UUUUCAGCACGCGCUGUUCAGUUUGCAGAGGGAGAACGGGCUCUGUCGUCAGCGCUCGACUGAAUGAAGUCAGCUGACUUUUCUCCUAGCUCACUCAUCAUCUUACAAAAUAGAUCUUUUGGACCCUUGUACUGGACACAGGACUGUCUCGUUGUCUGAGACACAUUCAAAAUGGACUUUUCCAAGUUGCCCAAGAUCCGAGAUGAGGAGCAAGAGGGACAAUUUGGAUACGUGCAUGGCGUGUCUGGACCUGUGGUGACAGCUACCAGUAUGGCAGGAGCUGCCAUGUAUGAACUGGUGCGUGUGGGCCACAGUGAGCUUGUGGGAGAGAUUAUAAGACUGGAGGGUGACAUGGCCACCAUUCAGGUGUAUGAAGAGACCUCUGGUGUGUCUGUCGGUGACCCUGUCCUGCGUACCGGGAAACCCCUCUCUGUGGAGUUGGGACCGGGAAUCAUGGGUUCCAUCUUUGAUGGUAUUCAGCGUCCCCUCAAAGACAUUAAUGACCUCACCAAAAGCAUCUACAUUCCCAGAGGUGUCAACAUCGGUGCCCUUAACCGUGACCUGAAAUGGGAAUUCACCCCAUUCAAGAGCUUACGUGCUGGCAGUCACAUCACAGGUGGUGAUAUCUAUGGCACGGUGUUUGAAAACUCACUUAUAAAACACAAAAUCAUGUUGCCUCCCAAAAGCCGGGGAACUGUCACAUACUUGGCUCCACCUGGCAACUAUGAUGUCUCGGAUGUAGUGUUGGAGUUGGAGUUUGAAGGUGUGAAGGAGAAGUUCACCAUGGUGCAGGUGUGGCCAGUGCGUCAGGUCCGUCCUGUCACUGAGAAACUUCCUGCCAAUCAUCCAUUGCUGACUGGGCAGCGGGUACUGGACGCCCUAUUUCCGUGUGUGCAGGGGGGAACCACGGCCAUCCCUGGUGCUUUCGGUUGUGGUAAAACCGUGAUCUCUCAGUCCCUGUCUAAAUACUCCAACAGUGACGUCAUCGUCUACGUGGGCUGUGGAGAGCGUGGUAAUGAAAUGUCAGAGGUACUCCGAGAUUUCCCUGAGCUGACCAUGGAGGUUGAUGGUAAAGUGGAGAGCAUCAUGAAGAGAACGGCCUUGGUUGCCAACACGUCCAACAUGCCCGUAGCUGCCAGAGAAGCGUCUAUUUACACAGGAAUCACACUGUCGGAGUAUUUCAGAGAUAUGGGUUACAAUGUGAGCAUGAUGGCUGAUUCUACAUCUCGAUGGGCAGAAGCUCUAAGGGAGAUCUCUGGUCGUCUGGCUGAGAUGCCUGCUGAUAGUGGUUAUCCUGCCUAUCUUGGGGCACGAUUGGCUUCGUUUUACGAGCGUGCCGGAAGGGUUAAAUGUCUGGGUAAUCCGGAGAGAGAGGGCAGCGUGAGCAUUGUCGGAGCUGUGUCGCCCCCUGGUGGAGAUUUCUCAGAUCCUGUGACUUCUGCUACAUUGGGUAUUGUCCAAGUGUUCUGGGGUCUGGAUAAAAAACUUGCUCAGAGAAAGCACUUCCCCUCAGUAAACUGGCUCAUCAGUUACAGUAAGUAUACCCGAGCUCUGGAAGAAUACUACGACAAACACUUUCCCGAAUUCGUGCCACUGCGUACCAAAGCCAAAGAGAUCCUGCAGGAGGAGGAGGACUUAGCUGAGAUUGUGCAGCUUGUGGGAAAGGCCUCAUUAGCUGAAACGGAUAAGAUCACUCUGGAAGUUGCCAAGUUGAUCAAAGAUGAUUUUCUGCAGCAAAAUGGAUACACACCUUACGACAGAUUCUGUCCGUUUUAUAAGACGGUGGGAAUCUUGUCAAACACGAUAGCCUUUUAUGACAUGGCACGUCAUGCUGUAGAGACGACUGCACAGAGUGACAACAGAAUCACUUGGAGUAUGAUCCGUGAACACAUGGGGGAAAUCCUCUACAGGAUCAGCUCCAUGAAAUUCAAGGAUCCAGUCAAAGAAGGUGAGGAGAAGAUUAAAGCCGAAUACGCCCAACUUCUUGAGGACAUGCAGAAUGCCUUCCGUACACUGGAGGACUGAGAUUCAUGGCAGAGAUCAUAAACUCCAUAAAUAUACACAUCUAGUCGAAGUCUUCUUGCUGUCUUCUUCAUUCCACUGCUUUAUGUUUAUCUUGUGUUGUCGUUGUAUAUGCGCUAGUGUUUUAUCAAGGUGUCUCCAAAUACAAGACAUUUCUUUCAAUGUGUGCAUUUGUGUAUAUGUGCAAUAUGUGUUUUUUCUGCUCUCUUUAUAUUUUACUGAUCAUCCUCUUCAUAAAUCUAGAUGUUGUUAUUAUAUAAAGUGAUGUAAUUAUUAUUCUAUUUUUAUGUGUACAGAAGAUUCAAAGACACGACUUGAGAGAUUCACUAUAUUUGUCGCUGGUAUAUUUACAGUUACAAUGCUGCCAUCAUGUUUACUUUUUUUGGAAAAUUAUUAUUUUUUUUUUUUGUUGUUGUUGAUGUGCUCAUUGCAGUAUUGUCCAUUGUAUUUGUUGAGGAGGCAUUACACAUCCUCUUCAAUAGUCAAAAAUGUUUAAGCCCUAAAAAUAAAUAUUGAUUGAAUAUUGAAUUUA